AUGCAAAGUGGAAAGCACCAGGGCAAACUGGUCAUUUCUUUCCGUGGGUACUCCGAAGUUUUGACGAAUACCUAUCUCCUCGUCGGCGGACUGGGAGGACUGGGCCGCAGCAUAGCAAAGAUGCUGAUCAGUCUCAGAGCCCGGAAUCUCGCCUUUAUAUCUCGCUCAGGAGCUGAAAGUGAAGACUCUCGCGCCAUUGUGCGUGAGCUUGUCCAUCUAAGCGCAAAAGUACACACUUACUGCGCCGAGAUCAGUGACGAAACCGCACUCAGCUCCGCCCUCGAAAGCUGUGGAGCCGAUUUGCCCCCGAUAAAAGGCAUUCAAGGGACCUGGAAUCUCCACGCCUACUUCGACACCACCCACCCGCUGGGCUUCUUCAUCAAUCUCUCUUCCAUCUCCGGCAUCAUCGGCAACAAGGGGAAAGCAAACUAUGCAGCCGGCUCGACGUUCCAAGAAGCAAUUGCCCAUCAUCGCCGCGCGCUGGGUCUCCGCGGCGUCAGUCUCGAUCUCGGCAUCAUGCCCGACGUAGGCGUCCUCGCGGAACACGGAGCCACGGGCGACGUGAAGCGCUGGGAAGCAGUCACCGGAACACGCGAACCUCUGUUCCACGCCCUGAUCAAAGCAGUCCUACGAAGCCACCAGCAAGAGCAACACAGCCUUCACCAUUCACCCACCCCGGCUCAAAUCUGCGUCGGACUGGGCACAUCGGCCGCCUUCGACGCCGUAAACACACCGCGUCCAGAAUACCUCAUCCACGACCUGCGCUUCCUCCCCCUCUCUUCAACCAGUCCCUCAAGCCGUAACCCUACAUCUCCACCCGACCACACCUCCACCACCACCGCACCCCUGAAACCCCAACUCCAAGCCGCCCCCUCCCUCGCCGACGCCACAGCCAUCGUCACCAGCGCGCUCGUCCACAAAAUCGCACACAUUUUGCAAACACAGAGUGCAGAAAUUGAUGCCGGCAGACCCAUGUACUUGUACGGUGUAGAUUCGCAGGGGGCGAUGGAGGUGAGGAAUUGGAUUCGCAGGGAGAUGGGAUGCGCAGAUUGCGAUUUUCGAUGUGUUGGAGGCGGUGCCGAUUGA